UCUGAACGUGUGUGUGUGUUAGUUAGUUAGUUUUCCUGCAGCACUGAACACACACACACACACACACACACACACACACAUGAAUGUGAUUAUUGUGUGAGUUAGCGUGUGUUUGGCGUGUUUUGUUGAGAAUGGAUGCUCUGGAGAUCUCCACACGAAACCCACAAGAUGACUUUGAGAUUCUCCUGCGGGUCGGUGGAGGGACGUAUGGAGAAGUUUACAAGGCACGUAAUAAACAGAGUGAGGAAUUGGCAGCUAUUAAAAUCAUCAAAAUGGAGCCCGAGGACGAUUUCUCUGUCAUCCAGCAAGAGAUUGUGAUGGUAAAGACGUGUAAACACAGAAAUAUUGUGGCGUAUUACAGCAGUUAUAUCAGGAUGAAUAAAUUGUGGAUCUGUAUGGAAUACUGUGGUGGACGUUCUCUACAGGACAUUUACAGUGUGACUGGUCCACUAUCAGAGCUGCAGAUCGCUUAUAUCUGUCGAGAGAUGCUGCAGGGUCUUGAUUACCUACAUGUACAGAAAAAGAUCCACAGAGACAUCAAGGGUGCAAAUAUUCUGCUGAACGAUCAUGGAGAAGUGAAACUGGCGGACUUUGGCAUCUCUGCACAGAUCACAGCAACUUUUGCCCGCCGAAUGUCCUUCAUCGGGACACCAUAUUGGAUGGCACCAGAGGUGGCCGCAGUGGAGAUUAAGGGGGGAUAUAAUGAACUGUGUGACAUCUGGUCUGUGGGAAUUACAACGAUAGAACUCGCAGAACUACAACCACCACUGUUUGAUGUUCAUCCUCUGAGGGUUUUGUUCCUCAUGUCCAAGAGUGGCUAUCAGCCCCCCAAACUUAAAGACAAAUCAAAAUGGUCGACCAUGUUCUACAGCUUUGUGAAGUCCAUGUUGAUCAGGAACCCCAAAAAGAGACCAAGCGCUAAAAAGAUGCUGACACACUUGUUUGUAACGCAGCAGUGUUUAAAGCAGGAGUUAACACUCGAACUGCUGGACAAACUCAGACAUCCUGAGAAACUCAAGGACUGUUUACAGACGGAUGACGAUGACUUAGAGGUGGUUGUACCAAGUUCCCUCAGAAGAAUUCACUCAGUAAACCGACACAAUCAGGCGGAGAGAAUGAACUCAGAUAUCAGCUUGAAACAAAUUUACACACAAAGACCAGUAGCUGACAAACAACACCCUCCAGAGGGGACGUUACGACCAACAGCAGGUCAGUGGACGAGUCAUCCUCUCACUUCCAAUAAAGAGCCAAUCAGAUCUGCAAGUCAUUUCAUGAGUAACAUGCAGCAGCACAGUGAUGAAGUUCCUCCUCCUCUUCCUCCUAAACUGAAGCUCCGCACUAGGUCAGAGGAGAGCAUGACAGCAGAAGAGGAUCACAGUAGAGCUCUGAAUGUGAGUGGACCAUCACCUUUAUUCAGAACUUCAAGCAGUACACACACAUGCCCACAACCCGUUCCGCGACCACGAGCUUCACGAAGUGUGACUUCAGAUCCAUCAUCAUCCUCUAGUUUUCACACUGAUCCUCCAGCAGAACUUCAGCCUCCUGAACUGCCACCAAAGAAGGGCAGAAGUCGCAGACAAGCUCCACAGGAUCCAGUGGAGUGUGUCAGUCCAGUGAUCAUGAAACCACUGAUUGUGUUCAGGAAGGUUUUUCAUGGAUGUCCUCUGAAGGUGAACUGUUCCACCCCAUGGGAACACCCCGUCACUAAAGAUCAACACCUGAUUUUUGGCGCAGACGAGGGAAUCUUCACUCUAAACCUGAACAGCUCUGACACCACCAUGGAGCUGCUCUUUCCAGGCAAGUGUGUGUGGAUCUACACCAUCGGUAAUGUUUUAAUGUCUGUAUCAGGGAAGUCGUCUCAGCUUCACUCUCACUCUCUGAAGGAACUGUAUGAACAGACACGCAAAGAGUACCGGAUAGUUGCCUUGCCAACACACAGACUGUUGCCACGGAAGUUUGCAAUCAGCACAAAGAUUCCAGACACAAAACGCUGCAGAAAGUGUUCAGUGGCUGAGAACACUCAGACUGGGUGUGUGUUCCUGUGUUGUGCGCUGGAGUGCAGUGUAGUUCUGUUGCAGUGGUAUGAACCCAUGCACAAGUUCAUGCUCAUCAAGCAAUUUGAUUUCCCGCUGCCGAGUCCUCUGCAUGUGUUUGAGAUGCUGGUGUUUCCGGACCAGGAGUAUCCGCAGGUGUUCAUCAGAGUCAGCAAAGGAACCGGCCCGACACAGCCCGUCCAGCUCGGAUACAUCGACCUCAACUCAAACACAUCCUGGUUUGCUGAUAGAGGACUCAAGAGUGGCAGUGCUGACAGAGUUCAGUUGAAUCGGUUGGACAGUGACACACUUCUGGUUUUGAUUGACAACUCCGUACACACCGUCAGUCUGCAGGGGUCAACAAAAAUCCACAGACACCUACAGACCGACGUCAACUUUAAAUUAGACAUCGACACUGUGGUGUAUUACGACGACACGUUGAUUGCGGUCUGGAAACACGGUUGGCAGAGGAGAGGUCAGGGCUUCUCGGAGAUACUGCAGGAAAUCACAGAACCACAAAAAACCUUCCGACUGGUGGGAUCCAACAGAACUGUUGUCAUGGAGAAACGAGCAUGUGAUGACCAAUCAGGACUCUGUAAUCUCUACAUCCUGGAGACGGUUGACUCCGCCCCUGUUUUCUGAGUGUGAUCUCUGAUCUCCAGAAAACUUUAAAAGUUCCUUAAUUUACUGUAUUGUAAACUCCUCCUGGUGUUAAUAAAGAUGUCAGUCUGAAUGUGAAAACA